GCCCAUGCAAUGUUUUAAAUUGUGAGGCAAAAGAUGUUAUAUUUAGAAGAUUCACCAAAGAUGGUUUAAAAAAUGCUAAAAAUCAUGGCACAUAUGAGGAUUAUAAUUACCUUGAAAUUAAUGAUCAACUUUGUCCUAAACAUUACUUAUCAAUUGUACAAUCAAGAAGAAAUAAAUCAAAUAAUCAAAAAAGAAAAUCAUAA